UUGACAUUGUUUCUUGCUUGUGGUUCAUGUUUUGUUAGCUAAUCUGGCUAGCAGAUGUCGAAUGGUCGAAUUUAGUGUCAGACGAAUAUAUGUGCCUAAAACGUUUCAAACGCCGCUCCUAUUAAAAAGGGGAGGAUGGCGCAUCGACGUACCCCACCGCCGCUAUCCCAGAGGACAGAGUACCUGGAACCUGAUAAUGACUCCGACAGGGACUCUGGCGUUGGGGAGGAUGCAGGGGAGGAUGCUGACAGUAGCCAGGAAGCCACAUUUACGGAGGAGAACGUUAACAAGCAAGAUGGAUCAGAAGAAAACGGAGAGGAGGGAAGAGAUUUCACAGUUUUUGUCGCCUUUCAAGGGAAUAUGGAGGAUGAGGACUUCACUCGAAAACUUGACACUAUCCUCAGUGGGAUACCCAACAUGCUUGAUAUGGGCUCUGAUAGGCUACAGCCACAGCAUGUGGAGCCGUGGAACAGUGUGCGUGUUACCUUUAACAUUCCUCGGGAUGCUGCUGAGCGACUCCGACUGUUGGCCCAGAACAACCAGCAGCAGCUCAGAGACCUGGGGAUCCUCUCUGUGCAGAUAGAAGGGGAAGGGGCCAUCAAUGUGGCUGUGGGACCAAAUAGAGGACAAGAAGUGAGAGUGAACGGACCAAUUGGAGGACCUGGCCAGAUGAGAAUGGAUGUUGGAUUUCCCGGUCAGCCUGGUCCAGGAGGAGUGAGGAUGGCGAAUCCGGCGAUGGUUCCUCCCGGGCCUGGCAUGGCAGCUCAGGCUAUGAUGCCAGGCAGCAGUGGACAGAUGCAUCCUCGUGUUCCCAGACCAUCUUCACAGACAGGUUCAGAUGUCAUGGAUCCAAUGAUGCCAGGUAUUUCUGUUCAGCAGCAGCAGCAACAGCAGCAGCAUCAGCACCAACAGGCUGGCCCACAUGUCUCAGGCCCUAUGCUUCCUCAGGCUGCCCAUCACAUGCAGGCUCUGCAGGGUGGUAGACUGCUUAACCCUGCUGCACUGCAACAGCUACAACAACAACAACAACAACAACAACAACAACAACAACAUCACCACCAACAGCAACAGGCCCAGCAGCAAGCUCAACUGGCCCAGCUUGGACCUCGACCUCAAUUCAACCCAUCGGGCCAGAUGGCUGUGCCUCCUGGCUGGAACCAGCUGCCCUCUGGGGUGCUGCAGUCACCAGCCGCUCAAGGAGGCCCUGCCUGGAGAAAGCCUCCACCACAAGCCCAAAUGCUUCAACGUCCACCCUCCCUUGCUGCAGUUCAAACUCCCAGCCAUCCCCCACCCCCUUACCCAUUUGGCAGCCAGCAAGCUGGGCAGGUAUUCAAUGCCAUGGGACAGGGACAACUACAGCAACAACAGCCAGGAGUUGGUCAGUUUGCCACCCCCCAGCCUAAAGGCCCACAGGCUGGCCCUGGAGGUGUUGCAGGACAGCCCAGACCACCUCCGCCCCUUCCACCUACAUCUGGACCGCAAGGCAACCUCACUGCCAAGUCCCCUGGGUCCUCCUCGUCUCCUUUUCAGCAGGGUUCACCAGGGACUCCUCCUAUGAUGGCUCAGAGACCUACAACUCCACAGGGUUUCCCUCAGGGCGUUGGAUCGCCAGGAAGAGCAGCCCUUGGACAACAGGGUAGCAUGCAACAAGGAUUCAUGGGAAUGCCCCAGCAUGGACAGCCUGGGGCGCAAGUUCACCCAGGCAUGACAAAGCGUCCUAUGGGCUUUCCAAACCCCAACUUUGUCCAAGGUCAGGUGAGUGCCAGCACUCCAGGAACCCCUGGUGGAGGAGUCGGUCAGCAGCUUCAGAGCAGCCAAGCCAUGACUCACUCGGGAGCUCCGCCAGCCUCCACACCAAACUCAAUGCAGGGUCCACCCCAUUCCCAACCAAAUGUUAUGGGUGUACCAAGUGGCAUGGUAGGUCUUCCCCCUGGUACAACCGCUGGGCCUAGUAUGGGCCAGCAACAGCCAGGCCUCCAGACCCAGAUUAUGGGCCUCCAGCAUCAGGCCCAGCCUGUGUCUUCGUCCCCCAGCCAGAAGGUUCAAGGCCAGGGUGGUGGUCAGACUGUCCUCUCAAGGCCCCUUAGUCAAGGGCAGAGAGGAGGGAUGACCCCACCCAAGCAAAUGAUGCCUCAGCAAGGCCAGGGGGUGAUGCAUGGGCAAGGUCAGAUGGUUGGAGGCCAAGCGCACCAGGCCUUGCUCCUGCAGCAGCAGCAGCAGCAGCAACAGCAACAGCAACAAAACUCUAUUAUGGAACAAAUGGUUGCCAACCAGAUGCAAGGCAACAAGCAGGCAUUUGGAGGCAAGAUUCCAGCUGGUGUCAUGCCCGGCCAGAUGAUGCGUGGCACUGCUCCAAACGUUCCAGGUAACAUGGCUCAAUUCCAGGGCCAGGUUGGCCCUCAGCAGAUGACUCCGCAACAGCAACAGCAAAUGGCUCAACUGCAACAGCAGCAGCAGCAACAGCACCAGUUACAACAGCUACAGCAGCAGCAGCAGCAGCAGCAGCAGCAGCAGCAGCAGCAGCAGCAGCAGCAGCAGCAGCAGCAGCAGCAACACCAGCAGAUGAAUCAGCAACAGCCACAGCAGGUUCCUAUUGCUGGCAAUCCUAAUCAAGCGAUGGGCAUGCAUGGGCAACAGAUGAGGCUCCCCGCUGGCCAUCCUCUUAUCCAACAACAGUUGCAACAGCAGCAGUUACAACAGCAACAGAAACAACAGCAACAGGCAAUGUUGCAGCAGCAGCAGCAGCAACAACAACAACAACAACAACAACAGCAACAGCAACAACAACAGGCAGCUCAACAACACCAGCAUCCUUUAGGGGAUCCUAACAGUGGCACAGGGGACUUGGGUGUCCAGCAGAUGGUCCCUGAUAUGCAGGCACAGCAGCAGCCAGGCAUGAUGGGUGGCGCACAGCACAUGCAGAUGGGAAAUGGCCACUUUGCAGGUCAUGGCAUGAACUUUAACUCACAGUUCCCUGGUCAGAUGCCAAUGGGGGGACCCUGUGCACAGCAAGGAGGCUUUCCUGUCAACAAAGAUGUAACACUGACUAGUCCACUGCUCGUCAACCUGCUGCAGAGUGACAUCUCAGCCAGCCAGUUUGGGCCAGGAGGAAAACAGGGAGCAGGUGGUGGCAACCAGACCAAACCCAAAAAGAAGAAACCAGCACGAAAGAAAAAGCCCAAAGAGGGAGAAGGACAGCAGCAAGUAGAAGGACUUGGUGGCCUUGAUGUGGCCGCUGGCAUGGAGGAUCCCGAACUGCCAAAUCUGGGUGGUGAACAGAAUUUGGGUUUAGAAAACUCGGGCCAGAAACUCCCUGAUUUUGCCAACAGGCCUGCAGGUUUUCCCGGCCAACCUGGAGACCAGAGAGUAUUGCAGCAGGUUCCGAUGCAGUUUAUGCAGCAGCAGCAGCAACAACAACAACAACAACAACAACAGCAGCAGCAGCAACAACAACAACAACAUCAACAACAAAUGCAGCACAUACAACAGCAGCAAAUACAGCAACAACAAAUGCAGCAGCAACAAUUACAACAACAAAUGCAACAGCAACAGCAGCAACAAUUACAACAACAACAACAACAGCAGCAGCAGCAGAUGCAGCAACAGCAGCAGAUGCAACAGAUGCAAAUGCAGGGUCAUCAGAAUGCUCAAGGGCAGCCAGGGAUGACGGGGCAGCCGGGGAUGACGGGGCAGCCCGGGAUGACGGGGCAGCAGGUGAUGACUGGGCCACAGACUUCUGGUCAAGGCCAGCCCCAGAUGCACCCUCAUCAGCUACAACAACAACAACAACAACAGCAGCAGCAGCAGCAGCAACAACAGCAGCAGCAGCAGCAGCAGCAACAGCAACAGCAGCAGCAGCAAACUCAACAGCCACACCUGCAACAACAGCAACAACAGCAGAUGAUGAUGAUGCUAAAGAUGCAGCAGGAGCAGGCAAAGAAUCGUAUGUCCAUCCCUCCAGGAGGGCAGCUGCCUCCUAGGGGCAUGGGCAAUCCACCGGAGGUGCAGAGGCUUCCUGUCUCACAGCAAGGCAACAUGCCUGUAAUGAUCAGUCUGCAAGGACAUGGAGGGGUACCCCCGUCACCUGAUAAAGCCAGAGGGAUGCCCCUGAUGGUGAACCCACAGCUUGCAGGUGCUGCGCGAAGAAUGUCCCAUCCAGAGGCAGGACAGGGUCCUCAAGGCUCUGGUUCUGAAGAUUCUAUUGCAGGGGCCCACAUUAAGCAGGACAGGCCUGGUGGCACAGAAAUUGGGGUGCAGCCUGGAAAUGGAAAUCAACAGAUGAUGGCCAAUCAGGGCUCUAACACUCACAUGAUGAAGCAAGGCCCUGGUCCAUCACCAAUGCCCCAGCACACUGGAGCCAGUCCCCAGCAACAGUUACCAAGUCAGCCUCAGCAAGCAGGCCCCAUGCCUGGCCUUCAUUUCCCAAAUGUCCCCACAACCUCUCAGAGCUCUAGGCCAAAAACCCCAAACAGAGCCAGUCCCAGACCAUACCACCAUCCUCUCACCCCAACUAAUCGACCACCCAGUACUGAGCCCUCCGAAAUCAACCUUUCACCUGAGAGGCUAAAUGCCUCUAUUGCAGGGCUUUUCCCUCCCAAAAUCAACAUUCCUCUGCCUCCCAGGCAGCCUAACCUUAAUAGGGGAUUUGAUCAGCAAGGUCUUAACCCAACAACUCUGAAAGCCAUUGGGCAGGCCCCUCCUGGCUUAACUUUACCAGGUAACAACAACAAUGGCAGUGUGGGUGGAAAUAACACUAACAACAGUCAACAGCCCUUCUCUACUGGCACUGGAGUGGGAGGUGCAGGCACUAAACAGGACAAGCAGCCUGGAGGACAGGGCAAGAGAGCAAGUCCUAGCAAUAGCCGGAGGUCAAGUCCAGCCUCUAGUCGUAAAUCAGCCACCCCAAGUCCAGGGAGACAAAAGGGGACAAAGAUGGCCAUCACCUGCCCUCCCCCCCAGCAGCAGUUGGUCAACCCUCAGGGGCAAACUAUGAUGCUAAGCCCAUCAUCAGUACCCCCAAGUCCAGUAUCUCUGCCUUCACAAGUUAGUGGGGCCACGGAGGCACAACUAACCCAGAGUCCUUUCCACGGAAUGCAAGGUAACUCUGCUGAGGGAGUCAGGGAAAGUCAGGGACUGGUGGCAGCAGAGCAGCGGCAAGUGCCUCAGCCUCACUCCCAGCCACAGCCUCUGAGGGAGUUAUCAGCUCCCAGAAUGGCAAGUCCUCGUGUCCCCAUGCCUCAGCAGCCUAAACCUGAUUCGGAACUUCAGGGUGGAACAGUCGAUAGGCAACCAGCUCACACAGCUCUAGACUCCCAGGUCUUGCCUACCCUCAGGGCAGCUCCAACGUCCCUCAACCAGUUACUGGAUAACUCGGGUAUUCCAAACAUGCCUCUUCGGCCCAUACAGAGUAACAAUGUUAGGGAUUUAAUGGGAAAGGACAGCCCUAAGUCAGCUUUGGAUUCAGGGCGACCACUCCACAGUAACUCCCAGAGUACCGAUAUGUCAGCUGCUGUUAGUACUUCUGCCACUAUAAAUGAAUUGGAUGCUAAACCCAAACCUGCUGUUCCUAUUUCUACCAGCAGUCUUAAUUUGCAGCCUACUUCAAUUCCCAGCUCGCACCCUGGCACUAACGUGACCUCUACUACUACCCCUAGCCUUAGCCAAAACCCUAUCUCCAGUCCUGGUUUAAAUCCCAAUCCGAAUGUAAACCCAACCCCUUCCUUCUGCCCCACCCUUAGUACUAACACUAAUGCCACCAUGAGUUUAAGCCCCAACAUAGUUACUUCGGCCCAGAGCAGUCCUGCCUUGACCGUUAGUACCAGUUCUAAAUCCAGCGCGGCUCUAAAACCAAGCCCUAGUCCCAAACCAGGGACAAGUGUUCACUCUGUCAUACAGAUCCCAUCCUCUUCUAGCACAAUGUCCCCAAACCAGAUCACUGUGUUUGUCACCUCUAACACCAUGACAUCUGCCCCAACUCCCCAGGCACCCACAACUAUGGUCUCCACCAUGGUGGCUGUCCCUAACAAAAACAUUAGACCUCAAGACAUCCGGCAGCAGGCCCCGGUCCCCCGACCACAGUUUAUCGCCACCACCCCUGUAUUUAUCAACCCAAUUUUCCAGGUCCCAGGUGGAUCUGUGGCUUCCAAUACAACAAUGGUACCACAGUCACUCACCAUGGUGAGGCCUAUCCAAGUGUCAACUACAAACAUCCAGCUUUCAACUGCUCCGACCUCUACCCAGUCCUCAGGGUCUAACAUGGGCAGCACUCCUACCAGAAGUAUUGUAGGACAGGUACAGGUUGCCACUAGUGUGUCCUCAUCAGUCCCAGUUGGUACUCCCCUAGCAGCUCAUCAAAUUAACCCUGGGCCUCCAAAACCAGAAAAUCUAAGUGACGCAAGUUCUGACCAAAAACCUAGUCCCCCAGUCCAGCAGCCAUCUCCCCAUCCAAGCCCUUCAGCAUCAUCUCCCUUUCAAACACCCCUUGCUUCUCCUCCUCUCUGCUCUAGUCCUGGGGCUGCUAACAACAUCCGAAAGAGCCCAAUGUCACUGUCUCCCACUCCCCUGGGGAAAGGUAAACCUGCCCAGGUUGCUGCAGCAGUUUCAGGUACAGCUGACUCGCAGCUAAGUCCUGUAGAAAGGUCUGCACAGGGGCCCUCCGGAGCUGUGCAACCACAGACCCUUCAUCCUCCUGCUAGUCCUGCCACUCAAAUUGAAGCACCAGCUUCCCAAAGUACUGUUGCUGCUUCUAACAACAUAACACUGCCUGCUGUCUCCUCUCCAAUCCCAGUUUCUGCACAUGUGGCUGUUCCUACUCAGAUUGUUAGCCAGGCUCCAGUGCCUGCCACAGCUUCAGUUUCAAGCAAGGCCCAGGAUGUUGCAUCUCAAGCUGCUAUUGUCACGGUAGUCAGUGCUAACACGGGUGCCUCUUCCCCUACCUUGCUCUCUGCGGUUGCCCCCGUACAAAGUCCUGUACCAUUGAUUGUUCCAAUUGUUCCUGGAUCUGUACCUGCUCAGGAUGUUGCCCCCACCACAUCCCCUUCAGUUUCUAACCCCAGCAAAGUUCCACAAGUGCAGCCGGAUACAGCUGUGGAUCAGCCCCCCAUGCCACCAGCUGCUGAAUUUGUUGAAACCACUCAGACCACCCCAGCACCUAUUCAACAAGAAGUACCACAGUCUCAGGAACCUGUCGCCAGUGAGAAGACGGGUGAAGAGGUCUCGACAAGUUCUGAGCAGGGAUGGGCAAAGAAAAGAAAGACGCCCAUCAACUUAGUCCCAAGGGCUGCUGUAGAGAAGCCCAAGGGACCGAGCAGACGCAGCUCCCGGGCAGAGAAGGAGGUGGAGGAAGAACCAGUAGCAGACAGCGGCAUUAGGAAGAGAUCAGUCAGGCCUGGAACCAGUGCUGCUGUGAAAGAAACUGGAGCUAGCCCCACCCAGGCCAAACGAAGGAAGUCUAAAUAGACUGCAGUGAUGGAAACCUGUGAACUGUACUGUAAAUGUUUUUGUUUUCCGCUGUGAAUCAGUUGAUAUCGGUUUCUCUGUCCCGGUCUAUGAAUGGAGGAAGAAACCAUGUACAGAUUGUUUUAAAAAGAAUAAUGCUAUUGUUUUGUCUAUGCUAUCAUGUGAGAUUGUAGUUAGAAUGUGUGCAAUACAGUAUGUGUUUGUGUGAAUGUGCUUUUUAUAUUAAAUGCUGGAUUAAUCAUGUGAAGACUGAUGACGGAGCUUGUCAUGAUUGUAUAAUUAUGUUGUAAAACUGAAUUAAAUUUUCUACUGCUUUUUUGUUCUGUGAAA